AUGCCCGCGUCUACGCAUUCCAAGCGCAUUCUAGCCAUUGUGCUCAUCUACUUCAGUACCUAUGUGUUGGGCAUUUACAGCGCGGCACGCGCCAGCACGCAGCUUCCAUUGGCGUACACACGCAAUGAGAGUCACACGCUCGAUCAGCUGGACAGGGAGCUAAGCUCUGAGCGUGGCCUGAGGCACAGUGGUUCCAGAAAUCCUCGCUGGUUUCCAUUUUAUACAAUUGGUCGCUUCUCCAAUGACCUUUGCCUGGGCAACAAUCUGCUGAUGGGCACCUGCAUGAUCAACGGUGAAUGCAAGGAUAACAAAGGCGUGGCAGCGGGUCAGUGCUCCAGCAUUACCCAGCAAGCUGUCUGCUGCAUCUAUCAGCGCACUUGUGGUGCCAGCACCAGUUACAACAACACCUACUUCUAUAACAGUAACUAUCCAGCGCCAUAUGCGGGUGGAGGACGCUGUAGCAUUGUUAUAACACCGCCGGAUUCGACCAUUUGCCAGCUACGCGUGGAUUUCUUAGCCUUGUCGCUAGCGCCACCUACCGGCGAUGGGCUGUGCACCACGGAUGCCUUGACUAUUUCGGGUGGCGCCUCACAAGUGCCCACGAUCUGCGGGGAGAACUCUGGCCAGCACAUCUAUGUGGACUUUAAUGGUGUUAGUCCCAUAACCAUCUCGGUGGCCACCUCUGGCGGCUACACCUUCAAUCGUCAGUGGCAAUUCCAAACGCGUAUGAUUGGCUGCACAUCGGCGACGCUGGCGCCCGCGGGUUGUCUGCAAUUCCACACGGCCACCAGUGGCACCAUCGCCAGCUUCAAUUAUGUAUCCGCUGCAUCCUCCGCUUUGAAUUCCAUUGGCGUGCAGGGCACGCGUCAGUUGUCCAACAUGCGUUAUGGGAUUUGCAUACGCAAGGCGAGCGGUGUGUGUUCCAUAACCUACAGUCAGGUGGGCUCGGAUGCGUACUCCUUCACCAUGACCAAUGAUGUGGGCGCUGUGGAUCCCACGCUGCUGGCCACGUCGGCGGUGCAAAGUCAGGAUUGCACUACGGACUACAUUGUCAUACCAGCGCCUUCGCAAGGUGGCGUCAUGCUGCCCAGCGAUAGGUUUUGUGGCCUGGGUCUGGUGACCACAACCAGUUCGGCAAAACCUUUUGUGGUCUAUGCCGUAACCGAUUCCAACGAGGAACUGGAUAUAUCGAAUCGUGGUUUCUACUUAUCCUACUCACAAAACUCUUGUCCUGUCUUAUAG